CUCCCUGCCUAGUCCAUGCUGCUGUUUCUGGUGAUGGACCCAGCUGAGGAUGGGGAGAAGUUGGAGGACCAGUGGGAGAAAUGGUUGACCAGUGACUUCAGUUUGAAUGAGUUUGAAGAUGAAGACCUAUCGGAACUUACUGAGAUCACAGAUCAAUACCAUGACCAGGAAGAUGAUGGUGGUGAUGAUGAUGAUGUGACACUGUGGCCGGCCAAUAACAGCGUGAGGAGUGAGUGGAAGGGGUGUGUCCGGAGCCAGAGCUUGGAGCUGAUUGAUGCUGAGGAGACCGAGGAGGAAGAAGGGGCAGAGAGGGAGGCAGAGGAGGGUGGGGGAGGCCUUGUCCGAGCUGAGGAGCGCCUACUCUGGCUUAAUCAAGGAGGAAUAGAGGAGGAGGAGGAAGAGGAGGAGGGAGGGAGGUCGCUGUCACCUGUUAGAGGGGGAUCAACCUGUGCUGUCAUGGACAAAUAUCGACCAAAGAGACCAACCACCCUGGCUCUGUUUCCGCAGCUGCCACAAGCCGGCACCCAGGACUCCAUCAACAACAACUCUUUAGGCAAGAAGGACAGCUGGAAGGACUCCCGCUCCUCCUCCCCACACAUUACAGGGGAUCUAACACCACCGGCUAUUCAAGCAAAACCGGAGGACAAAGUCCGGAACAGCACGCGCCGCCCCGCCCCAAAACCACCCAUUGCCAAUGGAGCCAACAGCAGGGCCAACACUCAGGCUGCUGCCACCACAGCAGACACACGCGCUCGACCACGGGACAGACAGGUGUCCGGGGCCACGCACACACAGUCCUCCAGCACACAGAGGAGUCAAAGGAGAGGAGGAGGAGGAGGAGGAGGAAGAGGGGGAGGAAGAGGAGUGACAGCGAUGAGAGAGAGGAGCCUGGGGGACAUCAGAGGAAAGGAUGGAGUGACAGCAGUGAAGGAAGAUAGAAGAGGAGGAAGACUGUGUGAGGAGUCCAAGGGGAAGGAGAAAGAGAGGAAUGGACAUCAGAGGCCAAGAGAAGCAAAUGGACUGAAAAGCCGGGGGGCUGAUGGGAAGGGAAAAGUAGGUGCUAAAGGGGGUAACAGAGGAGGGGGCCUCAAGCCAAAUAACAUGCUGUCUAACCACGAAGUUUAUCUGACAGCUAUGGUGGUCCCACGCACGCCUGUAGCACCAAGAAACCAGGACAAGACCCAAGACAAAGGCCAAAACCAUGACAGGACCCAGGACAACCCCCAAGUCCUCUCCCGGUCCAGCAGCGAGGGAGGGUCAAACAGAAUGUCCCUCAGCUCAGACACAGAGGGCCCCCCACCAGGGCCCCUGCAUCCCUCUCUAUCCCACCGAACCAACCCUGACAUCAGCGAAGAAGAGGGGGACGGAGAUCCGACUCCGUGCAUGAACGUCCAGAAUGGUCCGACCCACUGCCUUGCAGAUAACGAGAAAACAAAGAUGGACAAUAUCAAGUCAGAGGUGGAUGCAGGGGGACGAAAAGGUGACAAUAACACUGAAGUGGAUGGCACCAGCUCUGUCACUCAGGGAGAUCGUGCGGCUGCUCAGACUUUACCAAAGAGUGAAUCUACAGCAGGGUUGAAUUAUGACUCUGUUAAAUACACUCUGGUGGUCGAUGAACACGCUAAAUUGGAGCUGGUCAGCCUCAAGGACUGCUUGCACGGUUACAACGAGCACAAUGAUGACAGCGAUGCUGAGACGGUCUAUCAGUCAGCCAAUGAGGAGGAGGACCCAGAGUAUGAGGAGGAGAGGAAGAGGAGAGAAGAAGCAAGGAAGCAAGAGAGGAGGAAAGAGGAGGAAAAGAGAAGAAAGGAGGAGGAGGAGACGAAGAGGAGGAGGGAAGAGGAUGUGAAGAGAAGGAGGGAGGAAGAGGUAAAGAGGAGGAGGGAGGUUGUGGCAAGGGUCUGCAAGCAGUCCAAGGUAACCACAACUUCAGAGGAAGAUGAGUCUAACGGAGGAAGGGCUGGAGCUGCCAGAAGUAGGAAGUUCCUCAACCUGUUUGCCAACAACAGCAGCCAUUACAGUGCCACCGGCGCUGGGUCAUUUGGUCUGUUCUCCUGUGUUUUGGAUGGAGUGGAGAGACAGCAGAGCCACAGAGCUGUCUACAGGUUUGUCCCUCGUCAUGCAGACGAGCUGUGCCUGGAAACAGAUGACCCGGUGUUAAUACUAAACCAGUCUGAGGACCUGUGGUGUCAGGGCUACAACAUGAGGACUGGAGCUACCGGCAUAUUCCCUGCCUUCUAUGCCGUCAGGGUUGCCAAAGAUCUUAGCCAAGUCCAGAAAGAUGGUUGGAUAGAGCAGUUCCUGGUGCGAUUCCUGGGUUCAGUUCAAGUCCCUAUCCACAAAGGCAAUGACGUACUGUGUGCUGCGAUGCAGAAGGUGGCCUGUAACAGACGGUUGGCAGGUCAGCCUCCCUCAGCCUGUGUGCUGGAGGUCAGUGUGAAGGGUGUGAAGAUCAGUGUCCAGGACCAGUGUCAAUCAGCUCACAGGGGGGACCAGUGUUUCCAUUUCUUCCAGCUGAAGAACAUCUCUUUCUGUGGCUGUCAUCCAAAACACAGCAAGUAUUUUGGUUUCAUCACCAAACAUCCUGACCAACAGCGCUUUGCCUGUCACGUGAUGAUGUCAGAGACAACAUUACAUCCUCUGGCGGAGUCUGUAGGGAGGGCAUUCCAACAGUAUUACAAGGAACACAUUGGCUACUCCUGUCCCACUGAAGACAUCUUCAUUGAAUAACACCUCUCCUCUAUUCACACUAUGUACUGAAUACUCACUAUGUGCUUGUAAGCCUGGACUUACAUUGCAAAGUGGACCACAGAUAUAUCUUCAUCAGAGUACUUGCAUGGUGGAUUCCUUUUCUUGGCUGCAUCCAGUGAUACAGCGAGCUUGUCCCUCCUUUGACCAUGUCACGAUAUAAUUACCUCUAUGGAUGGAUAGGAUCACAUGAGAUGUUCCAUACAGUGAGAACAAAUGUAACAUAAACCUACCCAAACUCAAACACAAAUAUCUGAUAGUGAUAUAUUUUGUUGGCUAAAGGUACGUAACUACACGCAGAUAAUGGAUUUAAAACUAUAUGGACAGCCUUUCAGGACCAUGGAGUUAAUUUAAUGACAGAAUGUUUAUAUCAUCAGUUGGUGACAAACCAUGCUGAAAUGAAUAAUCAUUAAUCAGUUUUAGCAGCUGAUUAACCAUUUGAGCUGCGUAUCGAAAACCAGCAGUGCUUUGAUGUCAGUGUGGACGAUCACCAAAGUCAUUAGGAGUCCUAAUCUCAUGACAGUCUAUCCGGUAUUUAUGUAAGCCUGGAGAGGCAAGUGAGAAAAAUGUUUGUGUUCCAUUUUCUAAGUCUGUUCCUAAUUGUUUUCUCUUUUGUGUUUAUAACUUAAGAACAGUUGAAAAGAAUUGUUUGCAAGGAUAAUUUUUUUCAUCAUGAAACAGGUGGAAAAAAAAAGUUUGGCAGGUGAUUCUUUUUCCCAUGCACUCAAAACCAAAAUAUUGUGUGUUAUCAAGUUAUUUAGCAUUACUUCCAUGUCUUUGAAAUGUAUUUAAAUUGGCACUACGAGAAAUUAAAACUCACCUGUAAGAAAACGUGAAUGCUUUUAUUCAUUUUUAGAUCUUGGGGUACCGGUGAAAUUCAGCCUCUUGUGGUUGAAAUGAGUAUUACAACAACAAACACUUUUUUUCCACCCGUUCUUAACUCAUAAACAAAGACAAGAAAACGUUUAGAUCAGGCUUAGAUAAUGGAUCACCAGAAAUAGCCACAUUCUUCUCAGGGCUACGUAAAUAUUUAAGUCGAGAUAUUUUAGUCUGGAACAAUGUUGUACCGUCUUACGUUGACAUCAUCAUUUUUAUUUCUAGCCAGUGGUUUGCACUCAUUUUGAUGGUCACAUGUAGUUAGAAAAGUGCAUUCUAAAAAUUCCAGUUUGCAAACUUGUGAAUUUCUAUGUAAAGUUGACUAAAAGUAAAAGUCUUGCAUAUUUUGAUUUAAAAUUAUUCAUGCGCCAAAUGAACUUCUUUGUAUAGACUAUAAGUCAGUAACACAGACUACGGACAACCCUACGGAACCCCUGAGAGAAAAAAAUAUUUGUGUGAUUCAUUUUCUAAGUCUGAUAUAAAUUGUUUUCUCUCCUUUGUUUAUGACUUAAAAACAGUACCUUAGUUGUUGUUGUUUUUUUUAUCUGAACACCAGGAUCAUUCUUCUAAAUUACUUUAUUUCAUCUGUGAAAACAGGUCAAAAGAAGUUUUAGCAUGUGAAAUGUAUUUAUUUUUGUCAGGAACAAAUGUUUGUAGUUGUGAUACUCAUUUCAGCCACAAGAGGCUCAAGUACAACACUACCUUAUUUUCUAAAUAGGACUAAAAGCAUUUAUGUUUUCUUCCAGAUAAGUUUUAACUUCUCCAUGCAUUUUAAACACAAGAUACAUACAGUAUAUUGUAUGUUAGCAAGUUAUGUAACAUCACUGUCAUGUCUUUAUUUGGCUAGAGAAGUAUUCUAAUCAGUACUAAGAAAAAUUAAAACUUAAAUGGACUCAAAACAGGAUCACCAGAUCCAGAUGUAUUCCUCACUUGCCGCUCAGGGCUUCUGUAGAAACAUUUUACAUUUUUAUUAAUAAUUCUUAACUGGAUAUUUGGAAUCAUGAUUCUGGUUGUAUCCCAUGCAAUCACCAUAGGAUAAAACUGAUCUACCAGUGACAACCAAAUGACUAUGAGGACUAAAAGGAAAGUUUGCACAUUUUGAAAUGAAAUUAUGCAUGAAUUUAAGUAGUAGGGAAAGUAGCUAAACGCAGCUACUUCUAUAAGAUUUGUAUGUAAUAGAUCUAUUUUACCUGUCUAACCGAUAAAGUGCAAUACAAAGGAGCAUCUCCUUUACUUAACAUUCAUCCUUUUGACCAAAAUAAAAUUAGAAUGUUGGGUGUGCAUUCAGUGGGUCAGUCACAGAGGUGAUCAGGAAUACUGGGUAUAAACUUCUCGUUACAGAUAACCACAACAUACACACUUUGGAUAUGAUCAUCUAAGAACAGGGCAAGACUGCAUGUUGUGAUGAAAAGAAGGUACAUUUUCUGUCUUUAAAUUAGCUUCAUAACAUGCAACAACAAAAGGUAUAUACAAUGGACCUGCUUGUUUCUUUGCACAGAUGAGGAACGACUGAUGUUUCCCAAAAAGUAACACAAGUAUAAUUCUAUAUCUUAUAACCCAGAGACUUGACAAUCUACCGCUGAAGACCUUCGGAGUUGCUGUUAAGGUGCCUAAUUUCUCUUUUUGCUGCUCGAUGUUCCUUUUCUUCCAAAUGUGGUCCUGACUACAAACCCUUUAUUCAGGGUUCCUCUGGUUGAGCAAUGACAUAAUGAUUCCUUUAACUCUGUGUAGUAACAAGGCCUAAAUGACGCUGUGCAAUUUAGUAUGUGUGCAACAGAACAGACUGGUGGGAUGGUGGAUCACUGUGCAGUCAUGUCCAAGUCCGUCCACAUCACUUUCAGCUCACACUUCUUUUGCGUUGCCUGCUCAAAUCUUGGACCAAAGUUAGGGUCAAGUCGAUGUGGAAUACUUAUUAUUGGAAAUGGAGCUUGUUUCAGUUUCUUUAUUUAGCUUUGAUAUGUUUGAAAGUAAAUACUUGGCUUUAAGACUUGACCCACAAUCUGACUUCUUGUUGUCUAAAGGAGGAUAAUUCAUUUUCCAUGCAGCUCCUCCUUCCUUUUGCAGCCAGUAGAAGAUAAGCUCCAGACUUAAAGCUGCACCAAUCGACACUGUUCACAAAUGGUCCGUUCUAUGAAGACUUUUAGCCUCUUUUAGCUCAUUGUUUUGGUUUUCCAGCACACAAACUACAAUCUCAUAAACCUUAUUUCUAGCAUCAGGCAGCUAUUUUCAGCUAAAACAACAAGGUCUGAUAAACUCGCUGUCUGCUGCCGGCCCAGCAGCAAACAGCAGUCAGACAAAGUGAGGGACUAGCUGGAGAACAGCUGAAGAGCCAGAUAUUUCUCUCAGGAGCACCAGACCAAAGCUACUAAUAAUUUUGGUUAAUAUUUAUCUGUCAUCUGAAACAUGACUCAGAAUGAAUGCUAAUGUUGCUCUGUGUCUGCUGGAUGUGUAAGGAGACAGCUAGCUAACUAAGGAAUGAUGUAAUGAAUGAUGUAAAUAGCUAACUUAAGUAGUUUGUGUUUAGCUAACACAGAUUAGCUUUCAGAUGUAACAAGCUAGCUAACAAUUGACCGAAAUUAGCUAGAUAGUUUGCUAGCAUUUUGCUCUGUAUAUCUUUUUAACGUGCUGCGUCUCAAAUCGUAUACUGCCAUUAGUACACUUCUAUGUAGUACACUAUGCACACUAUGUCCUUAACGUACUUGCGUAAUGUGUUUGGAACUUAACGAUCGAUAGAUGGAGCAUUAAUGCCAAUUCCGGCUUAUUUUUCUGUGGAUUUGCCUGCUACUAUAAGUAGAAACUGCUUCUACUUUUAAUAGCUAUGCCCCCCCCCCCUUCAUGUAGGGUGGAAAUAACACUGUCGAAUUGAAUUGAAUUGAAUUGAAUUGAUGCCGACGCCGUGUACUCCUCCUACCCACGGAGAAUGUACGUAGCGAAAAGUUCGAGUGUGACAAGUGUCCAGUGGGCCACACUCAACGUUUUGACCGUUAUGAGUGCACCAUCCAUGUAGUUGCAGUGCGCUGCAUGUUGCCACACUAAUCAAUGUGAACGCACUUAUGUUAUGUACUCAAAAUAGUGAGAGUAAGUAUGGAAGUAUUCAAAUUGUGACACAGCAAAAGACUGCUUUAGCAUUAAAUAUAUACCUAAGAGAGUUGAGGGUCAGUUGAUGCAGCUUUAAGAUCCAGGAUUACAUCUGCACAAGCAGUGGAACUAUAUGAUGUAAACAGAUUUGAGCAGGUAAAGUCAAUGGAAAUGAACCUUGAAAUGUUUUGUGUUGGAAAAACAGUGCCUAUUUUAUUUAAUUUUUUUCUGGUGCAGUGAUGGUGACUGUCUUCUGUAUUAACUGUUGACUUCAGAUGUCUCCGAUCACAGAAUCUAUUGAACAGCCAGUCUCAUUCAGAUGAGUGGUCAUGUUGCUGAAUAUGACUUGGUACACCUAAGAUGGCUGCCAUGGAAUGUUAAAUAAUGUGACUGGGACUCAAGAGUGAAUGGUGCUGGUACUGCAUUUCAGCCAUUGUAGAACUGGUCAAUAUUACACCAGUUUUCUAUGGGAAGAAUCUAAGAUGCUUGUAAUGCAACAUUUUGGUGAGAUUUUGCACAAGUAAGUGGAACUGUAAGUCAUUAUUAGGAUUGUAGUAGAAGUCCUAGCAACAUUAAUCGACAUGGCUGAGAAUCUUUUUUGUCCCAUGAUCUCACUGCUUUUGUAGCCAUUAGGGAGGAUAAAAAUGCAAGGCAGAAUAUCUUAUGUCUUAAAUAGUCAGCUGAACCCUUUACAUAGGACAAAUCUUCUUUUUGACUAAAACUCCUUUCAGACAGCCAUUAUCUUCCAUUACUUUCUGAAUGGUAUAAAAAGAAUUAAUUCAAUUUCAAUGGGAACCUGGAAGAAAGGAACAUUUAAAGUCCUCAUAUGGUGUAUUAUCCACCAUGUUAUUCCAUGCCAGCCAUCCAGGGUGCACCGCGGGAAGUUGUUCGGAUCCACCAGAAAGUGUCCUUUCUAUGUAUUUCACUUUUGUGAUUCUAACACCAUGGGGAUCUACUGUACAUGACUCAUCUAUAUAUAUAUAUAUCCUGUAUAGAUACUGUAUGUAUGUAUGUUUGUAUAGGAGUUAUUAUUGUAUGCUGUUGGUUUGACCAAAACCUGGGUGUAACACCGCAUGAUAUCGAUGUUGUAAAAUGAAGACGCACAGAAGAUGGUGAUAAUGAUGGUGGUUAUUCUUGUCAAUAAAUCACGUUUACAACUGCA